AUGGAAGUACCUGCUGAUCUUCGUCCUAUUUUGGGUCCUUCUUUGGUUCGGUUAGACCCUAUGCGUAUCAAACAGUUGCAAUCACCCAUUGUGUACAAGGCGAUAGAUGAUUUGGCUAAGUUGUCGGCCCAGUGUAUGCAACUUCGAGCACCUCUCACUUGUUGCGAAAAGCUUAUUUCUUCUGAACACACGCUGUACUUGUGUUGGAAAUACGAUGAGGAACGAGAGGUUUCUUAUUUACUGGGAUUUGCCAAAGUUGGACGAAAACAACUUUUCCUCUACGACGCUGCAAUGCAAACAUAUGAGGGAGAGGUAAACUUUUGA